AACAAAUUGACUUCUUGACUUCUAGAUUGUGUGCCAAAAGCUCGAAGUGGUGUGCAAGAUCAGUAGAUGGUGAUCUAAUGAACUUGUUUGUGGCAAAGGUUGGGCAAGUUGGUGUGUCUUGCUUGCUUCGUUUCUCUAUGCUUGCUUGAAGCACGAUGUCAUUAGCGCGGAUCACAAGGAUUGCCGUCCGAUUUUCUCCCUGGUCGACUGAUUGUCGCAGUGCCAGAGAUUUUCUGGCUAGGAUAACCUCUGCCCAAGGAACGAACCCAGACUGCCAGAUUACAACUCAGCUGAGAGUAUCAGGCCGCCCUUCCGUCACCGUGGAAUACAGCAAUAAAAGAUCCGACACAUUUGAUACAUCCGGCCUGUCCGCUCCUCAAAUACUCGCCAGACUAAGAAGCCUCUCAGACGAGAUGGACACCUCAGAUAUCCUCUCCAAGGUCGGUGUUGCAAAUACCAAGCUUGAAGUGCCAGUGGAGGUUGGAGCCGGUCAGCAUAGAAGGGUGUGAUGGCGUCCAAAUGCUGCAGCAAUAAUAUGGUCAGGAGGAGAGAGGGAUGCCUACAUGAUGCCUGCAUGGGGCAUCAUGGCUGGAAUAUUGAACUUGGAACCCGGAGACAGUCUGGGAACUGUGGCUGAAUAGUCUCUGAAGAGAACCGUAGGACUCAGGAUCUUCACAUUUGCGCAAGCAUGCUGUCAUGUCACCUCAACGAUGUUGGUGUAGGGUUCUAUACAAGAUCCAGAUCCCAAGGCAGUCUGCGCAUUUCCGCACGUAUUCCUCGUGAGAUGAUGGCAUGGAUGAUGAGGCAUGUAAUACUGAAGUGCUUCU